CACGGCCUGCCGGCGCUUCGUCCCUCGACCCUUUUUCUCGGAACCCCCACCCCCCCCCCCCCCACACACAACACACAGCAGCGAGCCCGGAUCAGCCAUGACGUUCAACGGAACCUGGAAGGUCGACCGCAACGACAACUACGACAAGUUCAUGGAGCAAAUGGGCGUCAACGUCAUGAAGCGAAAGCUGGCAGAGCACGACAACCUGAAGGUCACCAUCGAGCAGACCGGCGACCAGUUCCACAUCAAGGAGUCCAGCACCUUCCGCACCAAGGACAUCGACUUCACUCUGGGCGUCGCGUUCGACUACAGCCUGGCCGACGGCACCGAAGUCUCAGUGAGUCCACCGGAUUUGAUAGGCCAAACACACGCCAAGCCAAUAUGUAGUGCAGUCCGAUGGCGGACCAGUCAGUCGGGCACGCCGCAGCCCCCCGGGGGGGAAGAGGAUUGA